AUGCCGACUACUAUCCUAGGCGCGGUCCCGCAUGCCGUGACACAAGAUGAUGAGUACAUGGGCUACUUCAUCCCCAAGGGCGCAGGUGUGAUGAACAACGUGUGGGGCAUCCACAUGGACCCCAAGCGCCAUUCCACUCCUCCCGAGUUCAACCCAGGCCGCUACAAGGAUGAUCAACAAAGCCGCGGCGACGCUGCUGCGAAUCCAGAUGCAUCAAAACGCGAUGCAUUUACGUUCGGUGCAGGCAUUCAUGUUGCCAAGCCCCGUCUCUUCCUCGGCAUGUCGCGGAUCCUGUGGGUGUUUGAUAUUCGGCCUGCCCUGGAUGACAAGGGUAAGGAGGUAAUCCCGGAUGCGGACCGCCUGACUCAGGGGUUUGUUUGCAUGCCCGAGGAAUUCCCGGCCAGAAUCACGCCGCAAUCCAAGGAGCKGGCGGAGAUGAUGCGGAGUGAGUGGCAGGCUGCAGAAAAGGAGUGCCUGGACCCUCAGACGAAGCAGUGGCUGGUGUCUCCUGUUGAACGGGGAAUGGCUUUGAGGGGCCCAGCAAUUCGUAAGGAGCAAUCACAAGCGAAACCAGCACCGGCGAAACCCGAGAAACUACCAGUGUCGGGAUUUCUUCUCCGUGCUCAGGACCAGGAAUCUGCUGCAGACGACUACCCCACCUUGUGCCGCACCGAGCCUGCGUUCGUUGCCCCCACUGUCAACAUGUGGUUUAUGAGCCGCCCGGAGCUGCUGCUGGAUGAAAAGGGACGGCGUCUCCCUCUUUACACUAAUACGUACAAGUGCGUUGCGUUUCUCGAAGUUCUUCACUCGGCCGUUGUGGAAGCUGCUGUUUGGAAGUAUAUCUGCCGGCUCCUUCAAGGGUUGGUUGACAAACCUGACGACAGGACCUAUCGAGGAAUCGUUCUUCAGGAGCUUUCAAACGCGUCCCAGUUUGAAUACAGCAGGGUGCAAAAGCCUUUCAAGCGCUAUGUUCACACCUGCUCCGCCACUAAAUUUUUCAGACGAGCCUCCGCUGGCGGCAACAAGGCAGCAACGCGUGUUGUAAUGACAGUCAAGCCAGAGUCAUUCGCACAGGAGAAUCCCCUCUUACAAUACGUCUUGGCACUUACGGACACCAAGACCGACGCCCUCAAAGCAAUUUCUCUGAUUCAGAAACUCGAUGAUCUCCCGCGUACUCAUCCGACAUUGGCGAGCGAACUCACAGAACAGGAAUCUGAAGCUCUCGCAGAUGUUUCCGUUACAGCGGCUUUCAUCCAGGCUCUGGCAACUUCUCUUCCCUCACCUCUGGCAAACAGCAAGAAGGGCCAGCUCUCUCUCCCUAAAAUCAAGGCAUUGGUCUCUCCCAUCGAUAAUCUGCUUGAGCCCGGAAUUGCGAGAGAGGCGCUAGCCGCAUUGGACAACUAUAUCGUGGAGAAGGCGGGCCCUGGCUUGGAAUUUCUCUAUGACGGCCUCGCUGAAGAGGUUAUGAGUUCCGUUCAGGCGCAAAGCACAGAGGCUGGACAAGCGGUGGAAAAGGAGCUAAACGCAAAGCUGUGGAUUACGGAGCAACAGAGCACCGCAAUCAUCUUCGAGCAACGCUGCAAAAAGGCAAAAGCAUCGUCCCUACGGAAGCGCUUCCAACAGAAACAGAAAGCUCAGACCCGAUUCCUGUACACACAGUGA